AUGGAUGGAAGACGAACUUCUGAAGCGUUUGAAAUAGUGAAUGUAAUAUGGAAAAGAGAAAGAAGAGUUGGGUUUUGGACUUCAAAACAUGGCAUUGUUAAAGGGAGGAGUCUAUCUGGUAGUUCUAGUAGUACUUCACAAAGGGUUGGUCUUGAAGAAGCCAUUGUAUGGCCAGGGUUCACAACAAUUGCUCCAAGGGAGCUCCUAAUGAUUGAAAGCCAGCACAAACUAAAAAUUGCAGUUUUGAACAAUGCAGGGUUCAAACAAUUCAUAAGUGUAGAGAGAGAUAAUUAUACCAAUACAACUAGCAUUACGGGCUUCUGCGUAGACGUCUUUCAUGCUGUGAUCGACCAAACUGGCAAAAAUCUGGGCAGCUACAGUGAACUCGUAUACCAACUGUAUCUUGAGAACUUUGAUGGCAUUGUUGGCGACGUUACGAUUACAUCCAAUCGAAGCUUGUAUGCGGAUUUCACGAUUACUUACUCAGAUAUAGGCAUGGGAACCAUCACAAAACGAGAAAGCAAUAAUAUAUGGCUUUUCUCGAGGCCCCUUCAACCGGAUUUAUGGGUGGCCAUCGUUGGCUUCUUAGUCCUAAACGGAUUGGUGAGAUAUAUCGUUGAUAACACUAACGUCAAAGAUGACCGGCUUCAAUUCUACUCCUCCCCUGAAGGAUAUGCAGAUGCUGUAUCAAAAGGAAUUAAAAAUGGUGGUGUCAUAGCCAUCAAGGACGAAAUUCCAUACCUCAAAGUCUUUCUGGCAAAAUAUGGGGAUGGAUAUUCCAUGGUUGCAUCCCGAUCUACCACAAAUGCAUUCGGGUUUGUGAGUGCUUUCAACCUUUGUCUGUCGUCCUACCGGAUUAUAUUUUACCUUAAUUGA